GUUGUAUACCAGGGUAGUCCUUAUGCACCUCAUAACUCCACGCUAUACCUUACCUACAAAACAGGAGUAGAGAUGGGGUGCUGGGGGCUGUGCAUCAAUGCAAUUUCUUCGUCAGUCUAUUCUUACCUGCAGAAAAUCCUUCUGCCAUACAUAGGAUUAAAGGGACUUUAUUUCAUUGGAUACCUACUUUUUGGAUUGGGUACUGGAUUAAUUGGCUUGUUUCCCAAUGUCUAUUCCACUCUGGCUCUGUGUUCCCUCUUUGGUGUCAUGUCCAGCACGCUGUACACAGUGCCAUUCCACCUCAUUGCAGAAUAUCACAGGGAAGAAGAGAACCUGAAGCUGCAGGAUGGGGAACAAACUGGAGACUAUGGGCGAGGGAAGGGCAUCGACUGUGCCGCUCUCACCUGCAUGGUCCAGCUGGCCCAGAUCAUUCUCGGUGUGGGCCUGGGGCUCUUGGUCAGUGUUGCUGGCAGCACGGUCACUGUGAUUUCGGCAUCUACGGUGGCACUGAUCGGCUGCUGCUUUGUUGCUUUUUGUGUUCGAUAUGUGGAGUAG